AUGGCAGCACAGCGACCAACUUCUGAUACAUCAUCACCACAAAUUUUCGUUACAGCGAAAACAUCAAAUAGCAUCGAGUUUAGGCUUAUGAACGUCUCUCGUCAUUUUGCAAACGCUCUUCGUCGUGUUAUGAUUGCAGAAGUUCCAACACUUGCAGUCGAUACAGUUGAAUUUUUCCAGAAUACUUCGCCACUUCCCGAUGAAUAUAUUGCUCAUAGACUUGCUUUAAUUCCUUUCGUUUCUGAAGACGCUGAUAAAUUCUUUUAUCACUCACAGUGCAACUGCGAUGGUUCACAAUUAGGCUACUGUCCCAAUUGCACAGUUAUUUACACGAUUGAUGCUCAUUGUGAGCCAGAAAGUGAUAGUGUGGUCGAAGUUACAUCAAACGAUCUUAAACUUAUCGCUCCACAUAAGUGGGCUGACAAAUCAACAAUGGGUAGUAUCCACAUCGGUGUAAAGCCAGCAACUCUCUUUGCAAAUGGAGAUUCAAAUCCACAACCCGUAACAAUUACAAAACUUGCACCUGGCCAAACUUUGAGGCUUGCCGCUUAUAUUAGAAAAGGUAUCGGCAGAAAUCACGCUAAAUGGUCGCCCGUUUGCGUUUCUACAUAUCAUCAAGUUGCUUCUAUUGAUUUCCGUGAAGCCUAUAAACAAAUAAUGGACCAGAAAGAAAAAGAAGAGGUUGUUGCUAGCUGUCCCAAGAAGUGCCUGAAGAUGGGACUCGACGAUAAUAUUCAAGUUGCGAAUUUCGAGGAUUGCACCUUCUGCAAUCAAUGCAUUCGUACUGCUGAAGUCCACGGCCAUAAGGACGCUAUUGUUAUUCAAAGCAAACGCGGAUUAUUUGUCUUUAAUGUUGAAACAAUCGGCAGCUUAUCUCCAGAAAAUGUAGUUACAAGAGGUUUCCAAGCUCUUACAAAUAAGCUUGACCAAUUCAAGAAGAAUGUUGAUGAAUUGCAAAUUACAUAUUAA